GGUCACUUAACAAAUUGACUUGUAAAUAAGAUCACUUAUCAACAGUUUAGGGCCCAAUCAAGAAGUAAAAUGACUUAAUAGAAGGUAUUUCCUUAAAACAUGUUUCGACAAAAGCUCAAUAUCAUUUUUUCGACAAAAAACCGAGAGAAAGCAAAUCAAGAGCCCGCAGUAACAUUGAAGGUGAUAACACACAAAACAUGCGCAAAAGAGAUUUACGCAUCCAAUAUGGCGGAUGGGUUAAGAGAUUCCGACAAGAAAGGGAUUAUCAUGAAAAAUACGUGAAGAUUCAUCAGCGAUGGACAGAAGUGAGCAAGAUAUACAGACUUUGCUUUACCAGUGUGAGCAGGCUCUGCUCACUCUGUAUAACAACAAGACGUCAGAUAACAGACAACAAGCUCACCAGUGGCUACUGGACACACAGAAGUCCCAACAAGCWUGGCAGCUUUGCUGGAGAUUAAUGGCAAAGGACAAGGCAGCUGAAAUUCAGUUUUUUGGUGCUUCCAUGCUACAUUUUAAGAUUUCUAGAUAUUGGCUAGAGCUUCCAGAAGAGCAGUAUGAACCUUUGAGGUCAGAGAUAUUUAAACAAAUCCUGGCUUUUUCUGGAGGACCUAAAAUUGUCUUAACAAGGCUAUGUGUUGCAGCAUUGCGGUGCAUAACCAGCUGGGUGCAGUUUGGAAUCUCAUUGUCRGAUCUGAACGUCUUUCUUCCUGUGUUGUUUGAAGCCGUCAGCAAGCCUGAACUAUUUGAUGCAUGUGUAGAUCUGUUGGUUGAKGUUAUCAGCCAUCCUACCAGUCACAAGUACCCAAAUUCUGUAUGGAAAUUUGCUUCAAACUUGACACAACUUCACUCUUUAUUAAGAAACUCCUUGGAUUCUUCUGACAUGGAUGUAGUGUGCGGUAUUUGUAGGAUUUUAGUAUCACUUGGUGAAACACACACAAARCUUCUGCUGUUUCCUGAAUCAAAUGAAAGACAACUAGUCAGCAUGGAAAUUGUACAAGCAAUCUUGGAGUGCACGAAUGCAAAUGGAUGGUAUCCUGUAGAUGAACAAUGCAGUGAAAUGACUUUGAAUUUCUGGUACACAUUACAGGAUGAUAUAUAUUCACAAGAUGCAGCAAUACAACUACAACUACGUAGUGCUUAUGAACCAGUAUUCAAUGCAUUAUGUCAGGUUUUCCUACAAAAAGUGCAGUACCCUACAGACAGUGAAUGGAAUGGCUAUAGUUCAGAUGAAAAAGAACAAUUUCGAUAUUACAGACAAGACGUCUCAGAUACCAUGAUGUACAUAUACUGUGUAACAGGGCCACUACUGUUACAACAAUUACAUGGAACACUUUCAACAUUACUGUCUGGCGAAUCCUCCCCUACAUGGCAGUCAGUAGAAGCCACCCUUUAUCUUGUACAAGCAGUAUCAGAAAAUGUCGAACCAGAGGAAGAAGUAUUUUUGCCUGCUAUUCUCUCACUGCUUCCGAAGCUACCUUCUCAYCCUAAAGUAUCCCAGACUGCUCUAAUCAUGGUCGGGUCGUAUUCCGAAUGGUUGAACAGCCACAUAGACCAACUCAGGUCAGUGUUGCCUGUAUUGUUAAGUGGCCUGACGCARGAGCACUURGCGUCUUCUUCCACGCAAGCACUUCGAGGGAUAUGUGAAGAAUGUGUACAGGAUCUUGAGGAAGAUAUCCUACAAGAGAUUUUAUCACACUGCCAGGCAGCUCCUGUUUUAAGAGAAGUUAUGACGUCAUUAAAGUCUCUAAACUCCUGGAUUCGCGACAAUGACGUAGCUCAGGACGUUUGUCUGUGUCUUGAGCGAGCCAUCGAUACAAUAAGGGAUCACAUGGGACCUCUUGUGCCAGAAAUUGCACAGCUUAUCAUCGAAUUCUUCUCUAUGUUACCACAAAGUUGUCUUCUUGAUACAGCAACUAUGUUUGUUGGUAUGUACGGAGGCGAAGAACCACACAAGGCUACUGUAGCAUUAACAUUUCAAAGACUUUCCACGAUAAUAUUACAGCUUCUUCAAACCAACCUGCAAGAGCACCCAGAUAUACUUCAGUCCUACAUGCAGUUUGCAGCUCGAGCAAUAAGAACAAACACACAACUAGUGUUUGGAGGAGAUGGGAUGGCAACACAUAUAUUYCAAUGUGGAUUAGCAGCCAUCGCUCUCCCUGAUUCGCACUGUGUCAGAGCUGCUUGUAACUUUCUUGUAGUAUUUAUAAAUACAUAUGAAACCCAAGAAAUAACAAAACAAAUCCUUAAUGCAUAUGGCCAACAUCUAGUAGGACAAGCAAUAACGGGUAUUGGUGGUGGGGUACCUCGUCAGUGUACUGACUUCUUAGCAGAAAUCUUACUGACACUAAAUAAACGAUGCGUGGAACUCCUUUCAAAAUGGAUGCAGGCCGUCCUUGAGGUACAGGGAUUCCCUUCAACGCUGGUUACUCCAGCACAAAAACAGCAGUUUUCGAGCUCGAUUUUAAGAGGUCGAGCUCAGAAGAGUAAAGUCAAAGAAUCAGUGAAAGAAUUUUCCCUUUUAUGCCGAGGUCUUUAUGGCUUCCCUUAUACGAACACCUGACAGAGCAUGCGUGGAAUUGCGGUGAAAAUGUGACGUGAGCCGACGCUACGUAAAACUCUKGUUCGCAUAUGAAUGCGCGCACAUGGUUUUCAAAGCGUUGACGCUGUUCAGAUAAACGAAGCCUCAGAUUCURUACAUCAGUUCUUCUAACCAAAAUCAAUGUACAAAAUGCUUGGCACAGAGCUAGAACAUCGUAUUCUACUUGUGAUAAACAGAGAGGAAAUGAAAAAAAUAUAAUAAUGACUACAAAAUUAAAUUAAAAUUAAAUUCCUAUCAGCGAUUUUAUUAUCGAUUUCGUCAGACGAAAGAUUGAAAACAGGSAAGCAUUGAAUUAAAACUGUAAUGGACUGAAAAUAGUAUCUAUUUUUGUAAGUAAAAAUACUGCCAGUUAA